AUGACGCCUAUCCGAGUAGACUUUACCGGAGCUAUUCAAUCUGUUGAAAUAGAUGAAACACAAGAUAUAGAGAAGGGAGUCAUUGAGGUUCAAGACAACAACAAUAGCCCUCCUCCUGAAAACGGAUACCCGGAGCUCCCAGAUGACCGUAGUCACGGGGAAGAAAAGUCUCGGGGCAGUGGGGACACUGAUCUCGAUACUUCUUCCAACACUAGUGGACAUGAUCGUCAUAUCCCUUUAGAGAACACAGUAGCGGCAUCUGACAACGCUGAGGUCCAUGUAAUAACUGAUAUUGAUGCCUACAACGGAUCCACACUUGGAGAGAAAAUAGACGCCAUGAUUGCGUCACACCCUGUUGUGAUGAUCAAUCGCACAUGGUGCCUAUUUUCAGUCGAUGCCAUAGACUUCCUGGUGCAACAGUUGAAUGUACCAGUCCACUCCGUUGAAGUCGAUGUCCAUCCCCAAGGCAAAGAAAUCCUCAAGUACGUCACUGACAAAUGUAGCUAUCAUACAACUCCAUUGAUCUUCAUUCGAGGAGAGUUUCUUGGUGGCUUUUCAGAGGUCAACGCCCUUUAUGCACAAGGAAAGCUUCAAGACGACUAUUUGAUAGGUCUUUCCCAAGCAGAUCGAUGCGAGGCCUUCAUUGCAAAUUCUGACUACGAAAUGUCAACAUACUUUUGGUUUCCACACAAGGUUGACGGCAACGUGGUUCGUCUCACUGGAGUUUUGACCUUCAUUGCCAGCGCACUCUGUGCCAUACUGGUCCACUGGGAACAAUUCUUUUGGGCUCGGUAUGUGGCUUAUGCAAUCGCUGUAGACUUUGUACUACGAUUGCUUGGUGGUGCCAAGUUUUCAGUGUUUGGAAGAUUUGCAAUGCUCCUAGCCCUUCCUUUGGAUCCAAUCCCAAGAAUGGGCCGCCCCAAACAAUUUGCGACCUGCUGUGGUAUCUGUUUCUCAGGACUUGGAAGUCUGUUUUUCCUUCUUCCGUUUCCAUAUCACGACAUGGUGUCAAGCUUGGUAUCUUCCGAGGGACUACCAGUAGUUGAAAGUGAUGCAGCGAGAAGUUAG